AUGAUUUCCAUUAUCCUGACUAACACAAAUCUACAAAUUCGAGAGAGAAAUGCUAGUCGUGAAAACCUUCCUCACUUCAUGAUAGAAUUAGAAAUGAGUGAAUUGAAGGCUUUCAUCGGUUUAUUGUAUAUUGCCGGAUUUUAUCGCUCUGGAAGGCAAAAUACUGCAGAUCUGUGGGCUUCCGAUGGUACAGGAGUCGAAAUAUUUCGGUUGACAAUGUCACGUCAACGAUUUCAUUUUAUUCAGAGCUGUCUCCGUUUUGAUGAUAAAUCUACGCGUGAAGAGAGAAAACUAUUGGACAACUUAGCUCCUAUACGUGAAAUAUUCGAGCUGUUCGUUGAGAACUGUAAGAAAUCAUACGUCUUGGGCGAAUAUGUCACCAUUGACGAAAUGUUGCUGGCAUUUAGAGGAAGGUGCAAAUUUAGACAAUACAUACCAACCAAGCUUGCAAAAUAUGGCAUAAAGGUCUUAGCAAUGGUUGACGCGCAAAAUUUUUACAUUUUCAACCUCGAAAUUUAUGCACGAAAGCAGCCAGAAGGACCAUUUUCCGUAAACAAUAAACCUUUUGACGUAGUGAAUCGUCUAGUGCUUCCCAUUUCAAAAACUGGGCGGAAUGUUACUUUUGACAACUGGUUUACCAGUUAUGAACUUGUGUCACAUCUACUCAACGAGCACAAGCUGACUUCUGUGGGCACAGUGCGGAAAAACAAGAGAGUACUCCCGAACAAGUUCUUGAAAACGAGCGAUCGUGAUGCAGAUGUUUAUUCAUCGAAGUUCGGCUUUCAAAAAGAUAUAACUCUGGUAUCCUACAUACCAAAGAAGAAAAAAGUUGUUCUGCUCAUUUCAAGUCUCCAUCACGACGCUGAUAUUGACGAAACUACUGGAGAGAGAAAAAAACCAGAAAUAAACACAUUCUAUAACUCCACUAAAGGAGGAGUAGACGUUGUAGAUGAGUUGUCCGCAACUUAUGAUGUAAGCCGCAACUCCAAAAAAUGGCCUCUGACUGUGUUCUAUGCAAUUUUGAAUAUGGCAGGGAUCAAUGCAAAUAUUGUAUUCAAAUGUAAUACAAAUUCAACUCAAAAACGCCGUAAUUUUAUCAAAACUUUGGGCCGUAUGAUGGUAGCCGAACAUAUGAGUGCUCGUAAAGAAAUACCUCAGUUGUCCAGCCAGCUACGUAAAAGAAUGAGAGAAUUUGGAGGAGAAUCUGCUCAGGAGACGCCUGUAAGGGUCCCAGGUGUACGAAAAAGGUGCCAAGUGUGUCCUUAUGCCAGACAUCGAAAGACGAGCAAUGUCUGUGAAGAUUGUCAUAAGUACAUUUGUCCAGAACACACAGUUUCUUUUUGCCAAGAAUGUGCUGCAAUAACUGACAAUAAUAUUGAGUAA